AUGGCCAACGGACAGCCCGACUCGUGGGAGGAUGAGAUGAGGGACGAAGACCUCGCCAACCAGACCCAACGGCAGAUGAACUUCCAGGGCGGCAACAGCUUCCAGCCAGGCGCACAGAGCUUCCAACCCGGUGCUCAGACAUUCCAACCUGGACAGCAAUUCCAGCAGUAUGGCUAUGGGCAACAGUACAAUGGAUAUCAGCAGCAAUACGGUCAGCAAGGUUAUGGGCAAUACCAGCAGUACGGCUACGGACAGCAGCCUGGAUAUCAGCAAUACCAGCAAUAUGGCCAGCAGCAAUAUCAGCAGCCUCAGCAACCACAGCAGCAUUCGUAUGUCCCUCCACACCAACGGCAGACCCCAAUGAUUGCCAAACGAGGGGAAGCAUUGCCGAGUGCGAACCAGACACAGCAGCAGCCAGCAGCCCAAGCACCAAAGCCUGCGCCGGUAAAGAGUGCGGGUGGAGCGGCACCCGUGAAGACGCUCUCACUCAGCGCAUCAGACACAGGAGCAGCCGCGCCGAAGGUCGAAAAGUCUGCUGGCGGCGCAAAGGUACUCUCCCUGGGCGCAUCUACACCACCUGCAGCAAAGCCGAAGGAGGAAUCCAAGCCCGCCGAGCCCACUGGCGGCAAGAAGGUGACUGCUGCCAAAGCAAUCGAAAAGACGGGCGAAUCUGCGCCCGCUACGGAAAAGAGUGGAAACACUUCUCCCACGGCAUCUGGACGAUCAUCGCCAUCCCGGGCAGAUGCUAAAUUCGAGCAGCGAAAAGCAGACCUGGUAGCCAAAGAGCAAGAGAAGGAGGUCGAUGAGGAGGCGUUGUCUGAGCUGUACGGGAAGGAGCAUGUCAAUGUCAUCUUUCUGGGGCACGUUGAUGCUGGUAAGAGUACACUGGGUGGCAGUAUUCUAUAUGCUACUGGCAUGGUGGACGAGCGGACAAUGGAGAAGUACAAGCGGGAAGCCAAAGAUCUUGGACGAGAGUCAUGGUACCUUUCAUGGGCGCUGGAUCAGACUAAGGAGGAGCGAUCAAAGGGUAUCACUGUCGAGGUUGGCAGAGGAUUCUUCGAGACCGAGAAACGUCGAUACUCCAUUCUGGACGCACCAGGCCACAAGAACUACGUACCAAACAUGGUACAAGGCGCUUCACAGGCUGAUGUGGGUAUCUUGGUCAUUUCUGCUAGAAAAGGCGAGUACGAGACUGGUUUCGAGAAGGGCGGUCAGACACGAGAGCACGCCAUGUUAGCCAAGACCCAAGGCGUGAACAAGCUUGUGGUCGUGGUCAACAAAAUGGAUGAUCCUACCGUCGAAUGGUCCGAAGACCGGUACAAGGAAUGUACCAGCAAGCUCACCCAGUUCUUGAAGGGUCUCGGCUACAACCCCAAGACCGACCUUGUCUUCAUGCCCAUCGCCGCUCAACAGACUCUCGGCAUCAAGGAGCGAGUACCAAAGGACGUGGCCGCGUGGGCAGACGCACCAGCUCUCCUCGAAUACCUCGAUUCCAUGCAGACACUCGAGCGCAAGCUCAACGCCCCCUUCAUGAUGCCCAUCGCCGCCAAGUAUCGCGACAUGGGCACUCUCAUCGAAGGCAAAGUCGAAGCCGGCGUCAUCAAGAAGGAGAACAAAUACCUAAUGAUGCCCAACAAAGCCGAAAUCUCCAUCUCCGCCCUUUACGGCGAGACUGAAGACGAAAUUCCUCACGCCACUUGCGGCGAACAAGUCCGUAUCCGCAUCAAGGGUGUUGAAGAAGAAGACAUCUACCCCGGAUUCGUACUCUGCUCCCCAAAGCGACCUGUCCACUGCGUCGCAGCUUUCGAAGCUCAGAUCCGUCUGCUCGAGCUGAAGAGUAUCCUCUCCGCCGGCUUCAACUGCGUGCUCCACAUCCACUCUGCAACGGAGGAGGUCACUUUCGCCUCGCUGUUACACAAGCUGGAGCCCAAGACGAACCGCAAAUCGAAGAAGCCGCCUGGUUUCGCGAAGCAAGGCAUGAACAUCAUCGCAAGGCUGGAGGUGACCGGUGGGGCGGGAAGUGUUUGCGUCGAGAGGUUCGAGGAUUACCCGCAGUUGGGUCGGUUUACGUUGAGAGAUCAGGGGCAGACGAUUGCGAUUGGCAAGAUUACGAAAUUGAUCACGGAUCCGAGUCAGGUGCAGGAUGGGACGUAG